UCCCCGGUCCGUACCCUCACAGUUUUCACGUUUCUAGCAACCAUGGCUGGAGCCGAAGACAUGAAUAAGUAUCGCUCACCUCUGGUGUCCAGAUACACCAGCGAAGAAAUGAGCUACAACUUCAGCGACAAAAAGAAGUUCAUCACCUGGAGGAAGCUGUGGAUUUUCCUCGCCAAAGCGGAGAAGGCUCUGGGUCUGCCCAUCACUGAUGCCCAGAUUGCAGAGAUGGAGAGCCAUGCAGAGGACAUUGACUUUGCCAUGGCGGCUGAAGAAGAGCGAAAGCUGAGGCACGAUGUCAUGGCGCACGUCCACACCUUUGCACACUGCUGCCCCACAGCUGCUCCCAUCAUCCACCUCGGAGCUACGUCAUGCUAUGUGGGAGACAAUACUGAUCUCAUUGCAUUGCGUGAUGGCUUCAACAUCCUCUUGCCCAAGCUGGCCAGAGUCAUCGACCGGCUGGCAAACUUUUUAGAGGAAUACGCUGACCUCCCCACGCUCGGCUUUACACACUUCCAGCCUGCCCAGUUGACCACAGUGGGGAAGCGAGCGUGUCUGUGGCUGCAGGAUUUGGUGAUGGAUGUGAGGAACCUGGAGCGAGCCCGCGAUAAUCUUCGUUUCCGUGGAGUCAAGGGGACCACAGGCACCCAGGCCAGCUUCCUGCAGCUCUUUCAGGGGGACCAUGACAAGGUGGAAGAGCUUGACAAGAUGGUGACAGAGAUGGCUGGCUUUAAGAAAGCCUACCUGGUGACCGGACAGACGUACAGUCGUAAAGUGGACAUAGACUGCAUGUCCACCCUCGCUGAUUUGGGAGCUUCUGUGUACAAGAUCUGCACAGACAUCCACCUGCUGGCCAACCUAAAAGAGAUUGAAGAACCUUUUGAGAAGGAGCAGAUUGGUUCCAGUGCUAUGCCCUACAAGAGGAACCCCAUGCGUGCAGAACGCUGCUGUAGUUUGGCCCGACAUCUGAUUACGUUGAUUGCUGACCCCCUGCAGACUGCCUCAGUGCAGUGGCUGGAGAGGACACUGGAUGACAGCGCCAACAGGAGGACCUUCCUGCCAGAGUCCUUCCUGGCAGCCGACAUCAUCCUCAGCACGCUGCAGAACAUCACAGAGGGUCUUGUGGUCUACCCCAAAGUCAUCGAGACACGCAUCCACAAUGAUUUGCCCUUCAUGGCCACAGAGAACAUUAUUAUGGUGAAAACAUUCCUGGCUGAAGAAAUACGCCCCUUACUGGAGCCGUAUAAGGCCAAUAUGGACGUCAAGGUUGAGCUUGUGCUUUAAAACAUCAGUGAUAUCUUAAGCUCAAGAGCACCUGGCUGCAGCCACUGGGGAGCGCCAUAUUGUGACCUCCACACUAACCGGAAACAUUUAACGUCCGUUAAAUCGACUUUGACAGCAAAAAUUAAAUUGUAUUUUUGUUAUUAUUGAUGCUGCUGAUAAAUAAAUUUGAUUCUAAGUGUU